GCCGAGGCCACCGGGGCGGGAGGGGGGAAAGAAAAGGGAAUUCCAACCUGUGGAAACUUGGGGGUCCCCGAGGUCGCCUCCUUCCCAUUGACUGUGGAUGGUGCCAGGGACAGAGCCUCUGGAGGCUCGUGGGAGGUUUUGGGGUCCGCGGGGUGAGGGCGGAGGGGAGUGUCAGAGUGCCAGUGGGGUACCGGAGUUCCAAACUUAGAAUCUUGAGGCCCUCGGGGCUCCGGCGCCGGGGAAAGAGAGCUCCGGCCGCCAUGCGGGACAGGACCCACGAGCUGAGGCAGGGGGAUGACAGCUCGGACGAUGAGAACAAGGAGCGGGUCGCGCUGGUGGUACACCCGGGCACGGCGCGGUUGGGGAGCCCGGACGAUGAGUUCUUCCAGAAGGUCCGGACAAUUCAGCAGGCUAUUGUCAAGCUGGAGAAUAAAGUCCGAGUGUUGGAGAAGCAGCAGGUCACCAUCCUGGCCACGCCCCUUCCCGAGGAGGGUAUGAAGCAGGACUUGCAGAACCUGCGCGACGAGAUCAAACAGCUGGGGAGGGAGAUCCGCGCGGAGCUGAAGGCCAUAGAGCCCCAGAAGGAAGAAGGUGAUGAGAAUUACACCUCGGUCAACACGAGAAUGAGAAAAACCCAGCAUGGGAUCCUGUCCCAGCAAUUCGUGGAGCUCAUCAACAAGUGCAACUCGAUGCAGUCCGAGUACCGGGAGAAGAAUGUGGAGCGGAUUCGGAGGCAGCUGAAGAUCACAAAUGCUGGAAUGGUGUCUGAUGAGGAGCUGGAGCACAUGCUGGACAGUGGGCAGAGUGAGGUGUUUGUGUCGAAUAUACUGAAGGACACACAGGUGACUCGACAGGCCCUAAAUGAGAUCUCGGCCCGGCACAGUGAGAUCCAGCAGCUUGAACGCAGUAUCCGUGAACUUCAUGAGCUCUUCACUCUUGUGGCUGCUGAGGUGGAGACGCAGGGGGAGAUGAUCAACCGGAUUGAGAAGAACAUCCUGAGUUCAAUGGACUAUGUGGAACAUGGGCGGGAAGAUGUCAAGAUAGCCCUGGACAACAAGGAGAAGGCGCGGAAGAAGAAAGUCUUGAUUGGCAUCUGUGUGUCCAUCACUGUCCUCAUUCUGUUGGUCAUCAUUGUCAUCGCUGCAUUGGUUUGAUAGCGUCGCGCAUUCUUGGUGAGAUAUUAUGGGCCUGCCCCCUGGCCUGCCCCAUCCCUGGCCCCAGCCUUUCCUCCUCCCCUUAGACCCUCUUCUCCCUCCUUCCCUUGCAGGCACUAAGAGCACCAGGGAUCCAGGGUCUGCCUUCUGUCUCAGCAGCUGGGGGGGUGCAGGACAGAGCCUCCAGCUGGACCCCCUUCCUCACACUGGCCCUGUGCAUAGAGGCAGUUUUUCUGGGGUUGGCAGCCACUCAUUCAAGGGGGCCUGCAUCCUCAGGCCACAAUGCCUGAGGGAGGGCCUGCAGUGUCCUGUUUGGCUGGGACACAUGGUUUUGUAAGAAAUUAAAAAAACGCUUGGAGACUCCCCUGUGCAUGUGUGUUCCUGGAAGGGCUGGCCCGGGGCCUCCAGGUAUCCAGUCUCUCCACCUCCUGGCCAUCCUUGGGGCCAGGCUUAGCCCAGGAAGGCUCAGAUCAGACUGUUCUAGGCGCUGUGACCACAGCAGGCUGGCACUGCCCUUCCACUCUCCUACAGGAAUGAAUAGGAACAAGAGGGGGUAACACCCACAUCUGGCUCAGUACUGUCCCUGGGGAAAGACCACUGUGAGUACCUAACUCGGAAGCAGUGAGGCUGGGCCAGGCCAGGCUGGAACACAGGUGAGACGUGUGUGUGGCAUCGGUGGACAUUCCUGAGGCCAAAAGGAAGAGGCACC